GAGCGGUUCUAGAGGUGCUAUUCAUUGCACAUUGGGCGCUGGCGGAGACAGCCUUGCCCAGGUCCCCGUCCCCAUCUCCCUGCCACCUGCGCUCGCCUAUUUGGAUGGCUGCGCCCAAGUUCAGGCACCAGGCUUAGGUGUCCAUUACCGCAGAAGUGGACAUGGCCCCAACGCAGGGCUGUGUGACUUUUGAGGAUGUGGCCAUUUGCUUCUCACAUGAAGAAUGGAGACUUCUUGACAGGACUCAGAGGCUCCUGUACCUCAGUGUUACACUGCAGAACUUUGCACUGAUAAACUCCUUGGGUUGUGGGCAUGGAACAGAAGACGAGGAGCCAAGAGUUUCUACAAGAACAUCACAGGUUUGGCUAUCUGAGACAACCCCAUCCACACCCAAAACUCACCUCUGUGAAAAGUGUGUCCUGAUUCUUCAAGACAUUUUGCACCUGCCUGAUCUACCCCAGCAGAAACAUAGUGUAGAGGCAUGUCCCAUAUUUGAUCAGCUCCAAAAACUUACUAGUACAGAAAAACCCUUGAAGCAGAAUGCUGCCGAGGCCUCAUACUUGAAACAAUGCCUCUUCCAUAUGCCAGCAAAGUGCUUCCCCAUCUGGGAUGUUGAGAAGGACCUCCCAGACAUACUGAGCCUUCUGAAGUCCCGGGUCUUUCCCAACACUAAGAAGCCUAGCCAAAGCACUGAGGCUGGGAGAGAAACUCACAGCCUUAAAAAUCACAUGUCAGGAUACUGUGAGAAGCAAACACUUGUUCACCAGCCGAAAGCCUCGAACAGGAAAAAGCUCUAUGAGUGCAGCAGAUGUGGGAAAACCUUCCGGGGCAAGUACUCGCUUGAUCAACAUCAGAGAGUCCACACUGGAGAAAGGCCUUGGGAGUGCAGGGAUUGUGGGAAAUUCUUUAGCCAAACCUCCCACCUGAAUGAUCACCGUAGAAUCCACACCGGAGAAAGGCCUUAUGAGUGUGGUGAAUGUGGGAAGUUAUUUAGACAGAACUCCAGUCUUGUUGACCACCAGAAAAUUCACACUGGAGCGAGACCUUAUGAGUGUAGCCAGUGUGGGAAGUCCUUUAGUCAAAAAGCCACACUUGUGAAACACCAGCGAGUUCACACCGGAGAAAGGCCAUACAAGUGCACUGAGUGUGGGAAUUCCUUUAGUCAGAGUGCCAUUCUUAACCAACACCGGAGAAUUCACACCGGAGCAAAGCCGUAUGAGUGUAACCAGUGUGGGAAGUCCUUUAGCCAAAAAGCUACCCUUAUUAAACAUCAGAGAGUUCACACCGGAGAAAGGCCUUAUAAGUGUGGUGAGUGUGGGAAGUCCUUCAGCCAAAGCUCCAUCCUCAUUCAACACCGGAGGAUUCACACAGGAGCAAGGCCCUACGAGUGUGGUCAGUGUGGGAAGUCCUUUAGCCAAAAGUCUGGUCUCAUUCAGCAUCAGGUAGUUCACACUGGAGAAAGACCGUAUGAGUGUGACACCUGUGGCAAUUCUUUUAGCCAAUGCUCUAGCCUCAUCCAACACCAGAGGAUGCAUAGUGGAGACAAGCCUCAUGACUGCAGCGAAUGUGGGAAAGCCUUCAGUCGCAAAGCGACACUCAUCCAGCACCAGAGGAUCCACACUGGAGAAAGGCCUUAUGAGUGCCACGAAUGUGGGAAAGCGUUCACUCGCAAAGCGACACUCAUCCAGCACCAGAGAAUCCACACUGGAGAAAUGCCUUACAAGUGCCCCGAAUGUGGGAAGUAUUUUAGCCAUCACUCUAACCUGUUAGUACAUCUUAGAGUGCACAGUGGAUCCAGGCCUUAUAAGUGCAAUGACUGUGGGAAAGUGUUCAGACACAAGACUACCCUUGCUCAGCAUGAAAGCAUCCACACUGGCGAAAACCCUUACGAUUGCAGUUUCUGUGGGAAAUCUUUUAGCCACAGGUACACCCUCAUUAAACAUCAGAGAGUUCACACUGAGAGGAAGGCUUUCAAGUGCACUGAAUGUGAGAAACUUUUUAGUAGAAGUUCCGAUUUUCUAGCACACCAAAGGGUUCAUACUGGGGAAAGGCCUUUUGUGUGCAGCAAGUGUGGGAAAGAUUUCAUCAGAACCUCCCACCUUGUUCGGCACCAGAAAGUUCACUCUGGAGACAGAGGCCGUAUGAGUGCAGCGAGUGUGGCAAAGCCUACAGCUUAAGCUCCCACCUGAAUCGGCAUCAGAAGGUUCAUGCAGGAGGAAGGCUUUAGGACUGCUUGCAACACACUUGUAUUCAGUCAGGUGUUGAAUCUCAUAGUGAGAAGUCAUGGCAGGGAGAUGCCUUCACGGCAGGUUUGUAGGAAACCUCAAAGACCUAUGUUGUACUUUCUGACUGGUUCGAGUAACUUGCCAGACUCUUGUCUCUUAGUAAAGAAGUCUGAAACCACCCGAACAACUCCGUCUUUAUCCUUCAAACAUCCUCUGGGAAGACCAGACUUAUGCACUCUUUGGUAAUUGUGAAGCACAUAAUAAUAGUCUCAUAUCUGACUGAUAGCAUUGACUCCAGCCAAGGAUCUGAGUGAGCUGUGCUUUGCGUUUGGCUUGCACAGAUAAUUUGCUUCAUGGAGCUUGUUUUUAUGUGAAAUAUUUUUUGUUUAUUUGAGACAGUAUUGUUAUUUUGCUUAAGCAAGCCUUGAACCUCCCUUUCCUCAGUCUCCUUAGUAGGAGAGAGUUUAGACUAAUGACACUGUGCCCAGCUCUGUCUGAACUUUGUAACAUAAUGGGCUUUGCCCAUCUUUUAAGUCAUUCACCCAGAACAAGUAGUUGCCUCCUGUUAUGCUAGUUUCCAAUAAUCAAUGUCUAAGAAUUUAAGUUACUUUUAAUCUUAGGGGAGGUUAGAGUGCAUCAAAAACAAAGUUAGGAUCUGACAAAUUAAAGAGAACAACAAUCUUGUAUUUUAAAUGAGACAGUGGGUUGAUGGAGAAUUAUGGUUCAAUAAUGGUGUUUUCUUGUAUUAUUGAAAAACGCUUCAUAGGUAAUAAUUUCACAUAUUUGGAGGAUCUUAAUUGACUGGAUUUCAGUUAUUUGAAGUCUCAUGAACUGGUACUGUGACACCCCACUAUGUGUUUGGGAGCAAAAUGGGUCAUAUGUUUCAUUUUUAGCACAUGCACAGUUAAGGAGCCCUAUGUUUCUGUAUUCUCCAUGUUCAGGAUUGGCAUACAGGCUACCAGCUGAAUAUUCCCAAGUGCCACUAAACAAAAGUAUAGAAAGAGUGGAUGUGAAUAUUUUAAGUACAGAUUAAUUUCAAUUAACUACAGGGGAAAUUCCCAUGGUAAGAACAUUCCUAAAUGUUCUACUCAUGAUAGCUAUGUAGGAUCAGAGGAUUUAUAGAAUUCUACAGCAUAAAUUGUUAUGUCACUUAGGACCAAGGUCACUAUCUCAGCAUUGAUGUAUUUUUUGUUUAUUUUUUUUCUUAAUUCUUAUGCCUUCCUGAGGUCUUUGCCAAAAGUCUUUGUUGUAUAAGCAGUAACCCCUAGAGGAGAGUAAUAUGAUCCAAGAAUUAUUAAAGAAUGUAAGUUUCAUGAGUAGCCAGAAUUCUUGGUUACAGUGGAAAUGCCUUUGUUGCUUAUGACUGGGGGAAAAAGGUAUCUUAAGGCAUUGGUAGUGACACAGUAGAAUUACUAUAUCAAUGUCCACUUGUUUGACUUGCCAGUAGAAGUUCGUGGUCCAGAAUAUUAAAUGGAUUAUUUUAUAGACUUUAUGGACUGUAAUCAGCAUACUCUGUCUAUAUUGUAUAUAACUGUGUAGUUUGAUAAAUGUGUAUAUAUUAUAAAGCCACUGUAGCAGUGAUGCAGAACAUACCCCAGAGCUGUAAAGUUACCAUGUGUUCCUUCAGGAUUCUACGCAACGUCCUUCUUCAUACCCUUCCCUUAGUCCCUAGGUAACCACCAAUUUUAUUGUACGUAAGUUCUUCAAAAGGUUUAUAUCAAUAUGACUACCAAUUGAUUUACAUUUUGUCUACUGUUAUUCUGCAUAACCAAUUUGACAUAUUUGUGUUAUAUGUAUGAAUAUGUCAUUCUUAUUGACUACUGGAAAUAUGGGUUUACCACAAUUACCUGUUUAUAAUAUUUGUCAUUUUCCUGUCCCAUCUUUUAAACAUUGAAAACAACUCCUGCAGAUAUUCAUGUAUGAAUUUUUAUAUGGACAUUUAACUGAGACCAUUUUUAAACAGGAGUAGUGAAAGACAUACAAUAAAGUGUGAAGAGAAAACACACAAGACUUGGUUUAGAAAAUUGCCAAAACUCCUUAAUCACCAUGCUACUCAUGGUGUAAAAGAAGAGAAAUUCAAUGACGACCACAAACUUGAAAUAUAUCCAUUGCUUCUUCUAAUGUUUUCCUCAAAAGUCCCGUGGGAAAGUAUCCAACAAUGUUCUAGCAACUGGGGAAUGAAAUGCUCCAGCUAACAGCAUAUUUUUAGCUUCUGUUAAACUGUUUGCUUUUUACUUUCCCCUGCCAAUUGCUAAAGAGUAUAUAGUUUUUCUAGGUUUGUUCCUUUCAAAGCUCCUUGUAAAAUGCAUUCGAGGCUGCUCUAUGAGACUUGUUUCUUUUCAAACUAUUGCUUAAUAUAGACUUGUAAUUGAGAUUUUGAUGGUACUGAAUAUUCUUUGGAUCACUACCCCAUAAGAAUAUUUCAUUAAGAAUGCAAAACAUAUUUGGAUGAUGGUUCAGUGAAAACUUGCAUCAUAUUUAUUUAAGAGCCAGCUCUUAUGAAAAGUCACAGGACAUAGACACACAUGCAUGUGUGAAUACUCAGGUCAGAAUUAUUAGAGAGAAGGGGACACCUUGUGUAAUGAAAUCUCACAAGAUGAACAACACAAUAGGAAUAGGCCAAAUAAGUAAUGAGAUAUUCCCCAUACCCAUUCUAGUAACACUUCCUUUUUUCCAUUGUAUAACUUUAGCUUCUUUGUCAAAAAUAAGGUGUUUUUAGGUGUGUGGCUUAAUAUCAGAGUUUGCAAUCCAA